UUUGUUUAUUCACGGGCAGGCUGGUGUACAGUGCGUGCGCGCGCAAAGGAUUGUGGGCUCGGCGCGUAUGUUUCCAUCAUGGCGGCGUCAAUUUCGGGAUACACUUUUAGUUCUGUGUGUUAUCAUAGUGCCAACAGCAAUUCCGACCACGAGGGCUUCCUGCUGGGAGAAGUGAGACAGGAGGAGACUUUAAGCAUCAGUGACUCACACAUCGGUAGCGCAGAAUUCCUCAGUGUAAUAGAGGUCCAUAAUCACGAACCUUGUGCACAACUGUUUAGCUUUUAUGACUAUGCAGGUAAUGUCAAUGAAGAAAAUCUCAACAGAAUCCUCAAGGACAGAAGAAAAAAUGUCAUCGGCUGGUACCGGUUUCGAAGGAACACUCAACAGCAGAUGUCAUUCAGGGAGCAGGUGAUCCACAAGCAGCUGACCCAUAUACUUGGCAUCCCAGAUCUGGUCUUCCUCCUCUUCAGCUUCAUCUCCACAGCCAAUAGUUCCACACAUGCUUUGGAGUAUGUGCUCUUCAGGCCCAACAGAAAGUAUAACCAGAGGAUAUCUUUAAGCAUCCCAAACCUGGGCAACACCAGUCAACAGGAAUAUAAAGUCUCAUCUGUGCCGAACACCUCCAAGAACUACGCAAGUGUCAUUAAAGAACAUGGGACUGAGUUCUUUGAUAAGGAUGGGGUGAUGAAAGAUAUUCGAGCUAUUUUUCAAGUAUACAGUGCCCUUCAAGAAAGAGUGCAGGCAGUGUGUUGUGAAGUGGAUCAGAGUGAACGAGUGAGGGAGAAAAUCCAAGAAGAAGUGAACAAACUCAAAGAGGAAAUCGCUCUCCGGAAACGUAACAGCGCUGAAGAAGAGAGAAGACUCCAAGAGGCGGCCGCUGUCACGCUUCCCGAUAACUCUGCCCUUCCCGACUCCAAACACUCUUCGCUGACUCAAGUCGUGCUCUCAGGUCCCUCGGUGGAGCCCAGUGUAGAGAGACCCGUGAACUCCUCAUCUCCACCCAUCUACAGCAGCACACUGCCUCCAGAUUCACCAAGCGCUAUACUGCUGCCGCGGCCCCAAGCCGUAGGUUCGCCCGGCCACCCGUCUCCCAUUCUGGGCCUGGGCAACGGAGACGGUUCGAGCUCCGAUUCCCUGAACCGCCAGGCCACCGGCCAAGAAGACCAGGAGGAUGACGAGGACAGUAGCGAGUAUGAAAAUUUAGUUAGUGAGCAAUUGCAACCUCCUUCCUUAACGGAAACUGUUACAUUAGGACGACCGGCUACCCUGUGGCCCGACGGAGAUGCCCACAGCCCGCCGGGCUCAUAGUAGUCAAACAAACCAACGGGGAUAUUGAUGAACGUGAGGUCAGUGGUGUUCAGAACACAAACAAGCACUUGCCUUUUGUGAGUUUUGACAAUGCUGUCCUGUUGCACACAUUUAACAGCUCUGUGCAGGGGACGAACUCUGAAGUGAAAUGGAAUGAUAUCCCCUUCCAUGUGGACAGACAGGCCCCCUUUUCUUUGUGUCAUGCUCUCCUCUCUGGUUUUGUUUGGGUGGAGAGGUGCAUCCUGCUUAUCUCGGCGUCUGCUACUCACUGGAGCCAUUCGGUUCUUGCACCAUUUACCUCUUGCACUGUUUUGCCUUUUGAUCUGCAUUUGAAUAGAAAGGAAAGGGAAUGAUGUCUUUUUCUUUUUUUUUGCGGCCUUCAAACACAUGUCUGUGUGAGCUUAUUCCAUGACUCGUUCAUUGUCUAGAUUAAUUUAUCUGAAUGGACAGAAGAACAAAAAAUCACAGUUAUGAUAAGUGCUUAGGACUUCAGCUGACACUUGAACAGUUCUUGUUCUAGAAAAUAUAUUUUAUUUUUGGUUUUAUCAGUUAGAUUUGAUUGAGUAAUAUAAUGGCCUGUUAAUGAAUGGUCAACAAUUAUAAAAGCUACUUUGAUAAGGGGUGCUUGUAUUUUGUAUCUUGCUAUGACACACUGUAGAUCACUACUAAUUUCAUCGGCUUAAGUCAAACACAUUUUCGUAGUAAUGAAUUAAUCGAAUAUUAUAUUGUUUUCUGCUGCACUGCAAACGUUCACCAUUGAGCUUUAACUGAAAUUUUCGGUCGUACGGUUUGACGGAGCCAAUCAGAAACUGGAAGGGUCUGAAUGCACCAUCAUCAAUCUCAGGAUUCUUUUACAGAACAAAGAAUCCAAAACUUUUUUUUUCCCUUAGGAUUCUGACACUUACUUUGGCAGAGGCCGAGGAUGUCUCCCUUUUCAUUCAGUAUAUUUCUCCAGAUCUGUGUAAGACAGAAAAAUAACAUAUGGUUGUUCCCUGGCAUAAGUGUGAAUGAGAGUACACUGACUGAGAUGUUUUAGUCAGCUGUAUCAGGUUUCGUUGACUGUAUGCUUUAAAUGUUUCUGCUUCAUAUUCUGACUUUGGCAUCGGUCUUCAUGUGUACGGCCAAAAACCACCACCACCACACAUUACCUAACACAAAUACGUAAGCGUUAAACUGAUCAAUGACAUUAAAGUGGAAAGAUGCCACAUUUAAACUUGACAUGGGCUUGUUUGGAAAGCUGGCAGCCAAUCCAUCACGAGUUUAAAAAAUGUCAUUUUAUCAUAACAUGUUCCUUAGAGGGUUUGGAUGAACAUAAAUGCCACUUAAGAUGAUGAUAUAUAUAUUCACACACAAUCUGAUAUGUUUUUUUUUUUCAACAAAUAUUUACUGUUUUUGAUUAAUCAGAGUAAAUUUGCCGUGACCUCUUCUGAACAUCUGAAGACAACUCUACUAAAUCAGUGUCGAUCCUGCUGCCAUAUUGCCUUUUUCUCUCUCCCGACAGACGCUUGCAAAUAAAUCCAAAUGUGGCAGUGUGUCAUUUUAAUGGGGAAAUUGCAAUGAUGUGAUUGUCGUUUUUAUUGUCCGUUUAGUCAGCUGCAGGUCAGACGUAACUGUUUCCCUGCGAUCGAGCAGCUGUGAGUGAUUAACACUGUUCCCAUCAGACUUGGACACAAGUCUCUCAUGUUUAAUAAAAAAUGCAGGCUGUGUUUGGCACGCUGUUGCACUACUGCAAGUAUUAACCAUUCCAUCUACUUCUAUCAUAAAUCUGUCAAAGUGUUUAAAAAUACGACACCAAUUCCCAAUUAUAAAGUAGUAGUAAAAACAUAUGUUA